ACGGAACAAAGUGUCCGCCUGGAGGUGGAAAAGUCCAGUGGUCGACUGUGUCAAGGCAAAAGCGCCUUUUCACCUUGUGGAAGGACAGCUGUAUUUACUGACGUAUGUAAAUGAAUGCAGGGGAGGCGCUUGGGCAGAAGAGAAUCCGUUUCACAUUGCAGCUCCGGAGUUCCUGAGUGGAAGGAAAACGAGACGUGGCGAAAUUUGCUCCUCAAACCAUGCAGGAUGACUUGCUGAUGGACAAACACAAAGGCCAGCCUCAGUACCAGCAGGACCCAACGCCAGCAGAACAUCCUCCAUCCACGCCGACUCCCUCAUCGGAGCCCUGCUCGUCUUCCUCCGACUCAGACAGCCCGUCCAGCGGCAGCAGCCAGGCGGCUCCGGCGCACAGCGGCACGGACAAAGCGCCGAUGGAGUCCCCGAUCCUGCCCGGCCUGAGCUUCCCCCACCAGCCUCACGACGCCGGCAGCCCCCUGUCCGCUCCCCCCUCCACGUUUGGAAGCACUUGGUCCACGGGGACCACGAACACUGUGGAUGACAGCUUCUUUCAAGGAAUACCCUCCGUGAACGGGACGAUGCUCUUCCAGAACUUCCCCCACCCCGUCAACCCGGUCUUCGGGGGCAAUUUCUCCGCGCAAAUCGGGCUGUCCCCUCAGUCCCAACAGCAGCCGCCGUCCCAGCAGAGGAGGUCCCCUGUCAGCCCCAGCCAUGGCCCUUUCCCCCAGAGAAACGUUUAUCAGACCAUCAUCAACCACAGCAGGGGCUCCCCCGCGUCCUCCCCGACCUCCGCGUGGAAUAAUCACCAAAACGCCGCUUGGAGCACAGCCUCCAACCCCUGGAGCGCGCUGCAGGCAGGCCGGGACCCGCGGAGGGCGGUGGGUGUCGGGGUGCCCUCACCCCUCAACCCGAUUUCUCCCAUGAAAAAGCCUUAUUCUAGCAAUGUUAUUGCACCCCCCAAGUUUCCGAGACCUAACCCCCUGGGGCCCAAGCCCUGGAUGGAGGACAACGCCUUCAGGCCUGACAACAAUGUGCUGCCUUUCCAGGACCGGAACCGGCCCUUUGAUGCUUUUGGCUUGCAUUCUUUGGAGAGUUCCAUAAUGGAAAUGAUAAGGACUGACCAUGACAAAGGUAAACUACACCCAGCUGGUGGCCCACCAAUGACUAUCGCUGAUAUUAUAUGGAGGAAUCACUUUGCAGGACGAAUAGGACUCAACAUCCAUCACCCUGGAUCUGACCACGUUGUUCCACUUCAUACCCGGAGCUAUGGCCGCAGAAGAGGUCGCUCUUGCCUGUUUCCCUUUGAAGAUGGUUUCCUCAGCGACGGGCAUGGCGACCCUUCCUUGACUCCUGGUCUGAACUCACCGGCCCGCUGUCAGAAUGGAGAGAGGAUGGAGCGCUACUCCAGGAAAGUCUUUGUGGGAGGCCUUCCUCCUGACAUCGAUGAAGAUGAAAUCACCAACAGCUUCCGGCGCUACGGGCACCUGGUGGUGGACUGGCCCCACAAAGCCGAGAGCAAGUCCUACUUCCCACCUAAAGGCUAUGCCUUCCUACUGUUCCAGGAGGAGAGCUCUGUUCAGGCUCUGAUCGACGCCUGCAUCGAGGAAGACGGCAAGCUUUACCUCUGUGUUUCCAGUCCCACCAUCAAAGACAAACCAGUCCAGAUCCGUCCCUGGAACCUGAGCGACAGUGAUUUCGUCAUGGACGGCUCCCAGCCUUUGGACCCCCGCAAGACCAUCUUUGUUGGAGGUGUGCCCCGACCUCUGCGUGCAGUGGAGCUGGCUAUGAUAAUGGACCGACUGUACGGGGGGGUUUGUUACGCCGGCAUCGACACAGACCCUGAGCUCAAAUAUCCAAAGGGAGCCGGCCGCGUUGCCUUCUCGAAUCAGCAGAGCUACAUCGCUGCAAUCAGCGCCCGCUUUGUUCAACUGCAGCACAACGACAUCGACAAGAGGGUGGAGGUGAAGCCGUAUGUCCUGGAUGACCAGAUGUGUGAUGAAUGCCAGGGGGCACGCUGCGGGGGCAAGUUCGCCCCCUUUUUUUGUGCCAAUGUCACCUGUCUGCAGUACUACUGCGAGUACUGCUGGGCCAGCAUCCACUCACGUGCCGGUCGAGAGUUCCACAAGCCGCUGGUGAAGGAGGGCGGCGACCGCCCCCGACAUGUGUCGUUCCGCUGGAGCUGAGAGGGGAGGGUCUGGGGGGGUCUGCCCUACCCCGGUGGGACGACAGCCACUGGAGUUUUAGAAGCAUUAAAAAAGAAAGCUCCUGCUGCCCAGAACCAGCUCAGCCACCCCCCUCGCAACGCCCUCUGCCCCCCACCCCCGUGUGAAGACAAACAUAAAACGGAUACCAUCACAUGAACAAGACGGUGUUGAAACCACAUGGCUCUGAGCUCUGGCUUGGGUUCCCCUCUGAAGACGCUUUGUGGGGAAAGGACAUGCAAACUCCUUUAGCUUAGACUUCGCACUUUGGCACAAGAUCUCACUAGAAACACCUGCGGUGAACACCUGUGGCACAGUGAACACCUGCAGGACGGUGAACACCUGUGGCACGGUGAACACCUGUGGCACGGUGAACACCUGUGGCACGGUGAACACCUGUGGCACGGUGAACACCUGCAGGACGGUGAACACCUGACUGCUUUCAGUUCCCUGUUCUGUUGCCUGGUGGCUGUGGUACAUUCUGAUUGACCCCUCCCUUUAUUGAAACAGUGGUGGUCUCAUAUGAAUAUUUAAGAGAAUAUCUUUAUUUUUUGGUUUUGCACCAAUCUAGUUAUAUAUAGUUGAUUUCAAAUGUAUGUAAAAGAAGCAUGCACUUAUUUUCAAAGGCUGUAGUUUUGUUGCCCCUAGUAAAAAAAAAAAAAACUUACCAAAGGUAAAUAAGAUAAAUACUAAUGGAAAAGCAGAAUAGGUGGCAUAAAAAUGUAGCAAAAUGUGACAGCUGUCCAUCAGUAUGGGCCUAUAUAUUGCCCAGAAAAAAGUAACAUUGUUUGGUUCCGGAUUUUGACUCUGAAGAUAAUACCUCAUGCACACAAUCAAAUUCAUUCACCUUCAAUUUGCAAGUCUUUAUUUUUUGAUAAAAUAUCUGAUUUUUUUUAGUGUUAUGUAAAUGUGAUGCUCCAAAAGCUUUGCUGCUAAAUUCAUGGUAUAAUUGUACCAUAAGUACUUUUUCUGGUUGGGGUGUAAAAUGAUAAAAACCAUUGUAGAGAAACAGACCGCCGAGCUGCCUGACACUCUGGGGGGCCCCGGGGGCCCCUGGGGGCCCGAGGCAAUGACAGCUGACUCUGAUGGUGGGGGUCAGGGUGUGCUGCCUCUAACUGCAUGUUUGUUUUCAAUCAGGUUACUGCAUGCAAUAGUAUCGUACCUACUAUUCAAUUCUGCCCAUGUUUGCACAACACCCUGUAGCUGAACCUGCACCCACUGGCUGACGGGGUUCACAGGGAGGGGAAAAAACAAGUCAAAUGUAGGAUUACCAUUUAAAAACUGUCCAAUAGGUGAAGUACUUUUUUGCAGUGAUUCUUGAUAUAAUUGUGCAUUUUUUCUACCAUAUGUAGUUAGAUCGGAGUAUGCCUAGAACUGUGAUUCGCUUUGACUGUCGUUAAUGUCCGACAUAGAAGUCCUGUGAAACUUCAUAGCUAGUGUCUGCACACGUAUUAUGGUCUGUACACGUCAGUAUACACACACACGCAGACGCCGCACAAACACCAGUCUGAGCUUACAGAGAGGACGUGAGAGAUGCUGGGUUUUUGUUUUGCUGUUACUUGUUUUUAAUGAACUGGAGAGCAGAAAGCAACCAAAGAGCUCUGACUCAUCACAGAGGGGCUGUCGGGAGGCGGGAAAUGAAACGCUAAAGCUACUGAGCCCCGCGCAUGCUCUCACUGGAGGGGGGAUCCUGAACAUGCAGAUGUGCGACCCGGGAGUUAUUUAUUUUUUUCAUUUGUUUUUCCUGCAAAGCUUGAAGUAAUUGCCCUGCUAUAAAGUAGAUGGAAUUAGCAGAAGGAGCAAUCUGGAUAUAGCUGGGGGUAGGGGGUAACAAAGUGACACUGGCUGGGGUUUUGCAUGACUGCAUGUUGAUGUGCCCCCCCCCGGCUGUGAGGUCUGAUGCCGGAGCCCCAAAGUCUCCGUGUUCUUUCACCUUCUUAGUCAUAAACUGUUUUUCCUGCUUUUGUUUGUUUGUUUGUUUUCUAAAUGAAACUUAACAAAAAGUCACAAGAGUCCAAAAAGCAAGAAUUGUGGGUGUUCUUGUGACUUCUUCUUUAACUCUUGCUUUGUUUCCGGUGGUCUCUGUGCACUACACUUGGAACAGUUUAGCAUUCUUCUGACUGACAAGAUUUCUUAAUACCUCAAUUUUGAAAUGGAGAGCAAAUUAUUUUUUAAGUAAGAUUAUUCAGAAGCCUUUAUUAAUUUAAACCUUUCAGAGAUGAUUUACCAAGUGGAUUUAUUUUUCUGCUUUUUUCAGUUCUUUUUUGGAAGGCAUGAACUGAAGGAGCUAGAGCUUUAUAACUAAUAAUCCUGGAGUUAGUGGGAGUUUUCUCUACUUGAUGGCGGUGGAGGCCGGCGCAUGUUUCCACGGGUUCAGAGGAAAUCAAAUAUCAGGUGCUCGGAGUGGAAACGGAACACCUUUUUGUAUAUUUAUAAUCAAUCAUUUAUUAUACAGACCAGAGUUGUGGAAGAUCUUCUGUUUGUUAUUUUUGAAGAGGUUUUUUAUUUCUUAAAGUGUGAGCUCCCUUUGGUUUUGUACACAGCGGCGCUAAAAGCAGCACGGUGACCCUGAUUGGUUGCUCUGAGAGGAAGCAGACGUGGGGGCGUGAGGGCCACAGAGGAGAUGUUUUCUAGACUGGAGACAGAAAAGGGGUUUUUAACCAAUGGUGAGCCCCCCCCACACCCCCCGUGGCCUUCUGUUCAUGCAAGACUUGAAUUAGUCCCGUUUUAAGGCUGACGCCUUGAUCCUUUCUUGUUAUGUGCAAUACUGUUUGUACUGUUUGUAGAAAAGAAGAAAACAAGAAAAAAGAGGCAGAAAUCUUUAUGGCAGAAUUAUUUUCAUUGCAAGCAUUGUGGUUCACUACAAAUCAUUUUCUACUGUGUAUUUACCUACUACUAGUAUCCUCCAGUAGUGAUGUAGCCUUUGUACUGAGAAAUUUUUAUUAUUUUUAGGAAGUUUUGCUAAAAGAGAAAAGUAAUUUAAACAUUUGUUGUUUUUUUUAUUUCAUAUUUUUCUUUAUAGAAUUUUUGUCAAACCAUAUGGAGGGGAAAAUUUCCUAACUGGUCAAUGUCUUUAUUUUUAUUUUUUUACUUGGAAUAAAUUAAUUUAAUGAUGCUGGUUCUUUCAAUAAAUCUUGUUUUUCUUCAUCUGCUCACUUUUUUCAUUUUUUGAAGCUGAGACGAGCCUUUGCAAUAUUGUUACAAAAGUGUCUGGUUUGUUAAAGAGCUAAGCUUAAUGCGUUCUCCUUCUGAUGUGGCUUACAUUUGUGUGAAAAUGAUCUAGAAAACAAACAAAAACUCUCAAGAAGCAGGUUGGUGAUGUACAAGUGAUUUGUAAUGUUGUACACAAAUGAAUGGGCAAUAAAUUAAAAAGGCAGAAUGUGGAGCAUCCUUUCA